CAAAUCCAACACUGAUUUAAAUAAACAUAAUGAAUCCCUUCAAGAUAUACGAACUGCUUCCUCGUCUGCCUAAAGCAAUAUUUGCUUUCAAACUGGUUUUUCUUUUUUCUUUUUCAGGUCACAUCUGGCUACAGCAGAACUCAUUGGUAUACAGUGUCAUUUUGGGAUACGAAGCAAAACAAUAAUAAAUGAUAAGGUAUAUCUGAAAAGCUCUCAGCACAGAGCAGAAGAGUGGCAUCCACUGUGUUACAAAAGCUGUUAUCAAAGUAAGCCUACAGUUAAGCUAACAGGUCUGUCAUGUGAUGCGUUAAUGGACUCUAUUUUCCGUAACCACACACUAACUAGUCAUUAUCUUGCUUGUUAGUGGGCUACCAACUACACUCACAAACAAGAUGACGGUAAGUAUUUAUAUUUAAGUUUAGGCUGUAAUACGUCAUGAAAAUGACCAAUCACAGCCUAAAAAUAGUCACCAGCAUUACUCCUAGCAUUUUCAUUAUCGAUAAAGUCUUAAUAUUAUCCUUCUUUACAAAUAUAAAUCAGGUUAAACUUAGACUUAGUAGAAAGUUACACCAGCACUUAUGUAAGAUCUUCUUCCUUGUAACUAAAGUCCUAAAACAAUGUCAAAGCUCAUACUGCAUUGUAGUUUGUGGCUGCCAAUUAUUUAAAGAUGAAUACCUCACAUGGGGGCUUAGAAGAUAAAGUAUACCCCAUCAACUGAGGCUUUAGUCCUACAGCAGACGGUUAAACUCCCAGCAUUGACUUUUGCAAUGGUUUCCUGUCCCUCUGCAGCUGUCCUAUCAAUAAAGGAAGUGAUGUUUUUGUCAGAAGAAGUGAUAGCUGGCCUCCAAAAGAUGUGCCAUAUUUCCUCUUCUUAGACUGAUAUGAUAUGUGGUGUGUGUGAGGCUCUCCUUGGUUGUCAUUGGUAUUCAGAAUAAGUAAUAACCAGGGAUUUUGGUUAUAUCAGAAAGCACAACCAGGUAACUGUGAGUAAGACAGAUAGUAAACUAGCUAAACUGUUGGCUAACUUGAACCCUUACUCUCCACAGUUGGACAUUUAGACGAAUUGGUUGACUUGGUAUUAUUAAAGUCUGUUUAAGAAGACAGAGGAUUAGCUAAUCUUUGAAAACAACAAAUCCUGAAUUUGAAUGUGUGUGGCUUGACAUUGAGUACAAACAACAAUCCAAAAAACAAAGAACCUCCCUGUGAAUCAUUUCAGGUGGAGCAAAUGGUGCCUGUGAAAUUCCAGAGAGAGGAAAUUUGGGGAUAAUCUAUCUCUCUGCCAGCCCAUGAACCAGCAAACAAAGUACACGCGCACACGCCCACGCACACACGUUAAGAAAUCCGAGUAAACUUUUUUUUUCUGAGAGAGAGAGAAAGAGGAUCGCUAUAAAAGCCUGCGCUCCCUCCCAGAUAGUGCUGACCUGUCCUCUCGGCUGUCAAACAUGACACCUCUCCUCCUCGUAGCACUUCUCGGCUGCCUCGGUAAAUCCCCUUUUAAUUUUUUUAUUGCAGUGAUAUUUUAACCACAAAUAUAGCUUCACAUUCAUUAUUUUCUGCGUUUUUUUUUCUUUUCUAUAUUUGCAGCAACCGCUCUCGCUGUCCCCGUCUCUCAUGUGAGAUGGUGCGUCACUUCGGACAAAGAGCUGCAGAAAUGUAUGGCCCUCGCAGCUUCUAACCCGACGUUCUCCUGCGUCUUGAGAGAGAGCACCCUGACCUGCAUCACUGCAAUUAAGGUAAGAGAUUCAAUGAGCUUAAACUUAAAGUCCACGAAGAUGCAAUUAAUGUAAGGGAGAGUGGGGUAAGAUGAAUCAACGCGUAAAUUGAGCCACUCUCUGUUGCUUGGAAAUGGUAAAAGAAAUUGAUCAUGUGACCAAAUAUUAAGGAGAUGGGCAUCAACUCAUAGAGUCUGUGAAGGUUAGAAGCACAUAAGUUUUAUUAGAAUUGUGUUUAGACCAAAAAAGAUCAUUUUGAUUUGUUUUAUACAUCAAUUGUGAUAUCUAUGAGCUGCAACAUAAAAGUCCACCAUUUCAGCUUGGAGGACUAAUAAAGUCAUCGUAGUAGUUCUGGGGUAAGUUGAGCCAGUGGCUGAACUGAGAAAGUAAAGAAGUCUGAUGAGAGGAUCAGAGUUUCAGUUCAGAUUGUUGAAAUGUAUUACUUUUUCUUUUCAAAAAUACAGCUGUGAAUGUUCUGAAUUAAGAUGGCUUUUUACAAAACAGCUUUUUAGCAGUUAUAUGCAAUAAUAAUAAAAAUAAUUAUUGUACUAGUUGAAUAGUGUAUAAAAAAUAAAAAUACACUUGAAUGUGAAGAAGUGACUGUUAUUUAGGGAGAGAGAAGGUGAGGAAGGGCUGAGGUGGAGGGUAGGGGGUUGUAGGGAUAUGGCUCAACUUACACAAGGUAAGUUGACCAUGCAGAUACACUAGAGACAAAACUAUGAUUGCCUUGAUGUAGUGAUCGGGAAAUAUGAAAAAUGGCUCAUCUAACCCCACUCUCCCCUAUAGUUUAACUAAAAAGCCAACAAAGUCUGUUAAGAGCCAAGAAUUAAACCAUCGAAUUUGGUAAAAGACAAUGGAUUUUAUGCAUGGUAUUGUCAACAAAAUAAAACGUUAAGUUCUGUCAAAAAUGUGUGACUUCGUGCUAUAUGAUAUAAUGCAUAAUAAAUUAUGCCAAUGUAACAGAAGUGACUGUGUUUAAGGAUAAACAAAUAGAAAUCAACCUGGGGCUGAAGUAAGUUCAACAAGACAAAUAGUAAAAAGGGCAAAAUGGUAGGUGUAACAUAAGUAUAGUUCACUCAUAGUUUAAUUAUACAAGAUAGAAAAAAUGGUCACAAUUACACAGUAUUUCAUGAUAAAUGCAAUAAAACUAAAAACACAAUCACUCAGUAGUUUUAAAUGUUCAGUGUAUAAUGCUGAUGUUUAUUGUUAGAAUUACAGCUAAUAAACCAACAUUAGAGGAGCUUUUUUUGUUGUUGCUACGGUGUGAAGUCAGACAGCCUUUAGCUUAACUCUCAAAUUCACAUCCUAGCAUGGCUGCAUAUGUCAAAUAAAUGUCCAAACUAUAAUAUUGAAUUAAAUUUAUUGCUUUGAAAUACAGGUAAAAAGUUAAAUUAAAAUAUUUAUGUUAUCUGGGACAGAAUGUGCAGCAUGGCACACCUGUAUUCAUUGUCAACCUUUUUUUUUAAGUGCUAAUAUUCAUAUUUCUUUGAGAUAUUGGAGGAUAAAAAAAGUUGUUGGUUGGUUUUAUCAGGCAGGUGAAGCAGAUGCCAUCACGUUGGAUGGAGGGGAUAUCUACACAGCUGGACUGAACAACUACAACCUGCAGCCGAUCAUCGCUGAGGACUACGGCACCAGUGAGUUCACAAAUAAACUUACAUUGACCGAUGGAAAACAGAGAAAGGGGCAUUUUAUAGUUUGUUUGAGCUGUACUUGUUGUAACUCUCUGCUUCUGUCUGUUUUAUGUAAUGCAUCCAGCUUCCGAAACCUGUUACUAUGCUGUGGCUGUGGUGAAAAAGACCAGCACAUUUAAAUUCAGUCAGCUCCAGGGAAGGAAGUCCUGUCACACUGGCUUUGGGAAAUCUGCUGGCUGGAACAUCCCUAUAGGAACUCUGGUGUCCAGCGGUUUGAUUCAGUGGGAAGGCGUUGAAGACAAACCUGUGGAGGAGGGUGAGUAACACUCAAGCACACUUUUCCAACCACAUUUGAUGAACACACUUAACCACCUUUGAUCAGAAUACUAAUAUAAUGUGAGAAUUAUCCACUAGUUUACUUGUGCUGUAAUUUUUCCACAACUUGAGUGUUUUAAGAACUGAAGGGAGUUUGAGUGAGAGUUUCAGAUUAUGUUAAAAUGUGAUUACUGCUCUUUUGGAGGGUGAGUUGGAUGUAACAUUGCCCCUGAGUCAGCGGAUGAUAUAUCUUAUGUAGUUGUCAGCUGUUUGACAUCAAGUAACAAGUUACAAGCCCUUUUAAAAUCCAGUGUUUGAUUUUUACGAUGUAAUUGAAUUUGAAAAAUGACUACAUACACUUGUUAGUACAUGGGGAUGUCUCUACACUAACAUAUAGCUAACAUAUUGCUGAAAAGGUUAAAUGAAGUCUUGCAAAACCACAAAGUCGAGUUCUGAAACAGAGAUAUAGAUCAGAAUAUAUCUAUAGAUCUAAACGUAUGUGCUGACUCAGAAUAUUAGUUGUUGAUGAUUAUUUAUUGCACUGAAAUGUGCCUGACACUGUGGAAACCUGCCCAUGAGGCAUCAGUGACGUAUGCACACUAUGCCGCCGGUCUACCAAAAUACCACCAGACCAGCUGCGCUCCGCCUGCGCUGAAAGCUGACUGGGUUUGAAUGGGCAAGCUUUCAGCACACUUUCCACACUGCCGGCGGGCACGAAAAUGUCACUGAGCUUGCUGAUUCUGUCGACACCUCCUCCUACCGCGCCACCACGCCCAGCUUGGCGGACCUCGGUGCACCUCAGUCUACGAAAAUACCAAACUGGCUGGGCGCCGGGCUCCACCAGACGAAAAUACCACUGCGCGGGGUCCGCCCCCCUCCGCCGUGCCACUGGCGGGCACGAAAAUAGAGCCCAUAGUCUGAUGAUUUAGUGAAAAUAUCAAACCAUGGUACCUCCAAUGUGAUCCCGACAAUUAUCAUAUUAAUGGGUCAGAUGAUAUGUCAUAGUUUUAUAUGUAUAAGUUUUAUCAACUUCCUUUACAUAAGUCUUGGCAGGAUUGCCUGUAUUGUAGAAGCUGGCAUUUAUAACUAUAACUUUAUAACUCCCAUGUUUGCAUUUUUCAACAGCCGUGAGCAACUUUUUCUCAGCCAGCUGUGCCCCAGGAGCAGAAAAGAAAUGGACAAAAUUGUGCGAGCUGUGCAAGGGAGACUGCUCAAAGACCCACAAUGAGCCCUACUACGACUACGCUGGAGCUUUUCAGUCAGUACCAGUCUCUCUGUGAUCGUAUUCAGAUUUCAUAUCUCUGCUGAAAUGCACUACUCUGCCCUCUGUUAAAAAAAAAAAUAUAUAUAUAUAUAUAUAUUUAUCUCUCUGUGCUAAAGGUGCCUAGUUGAGGAUGCUGGAGAAGUGGCUUUUGUGAAGCAUCUUACCGUACCAGGUCAGUAUUACAUGUCAUCUGUUCUUCUUAGUACUAGUGUGACAGUGAUAAGUAACUGACUGAUAGUGAUAUCAGUCAAGUUAACAGUUUUUCAUUUGUUUAAAGAAACUGUUCAAAAAGAACAGUUCUUUUUUAGUCAAGUGCAUUUUAUUAGCUACUGUCCUGUCUAUUUGACUCAGAAACAAAGAAAUAACAGCUCCUUUGCCAGGCAUACUUAUAUCUUUUAGGUAUUUGUUAAACUGAUGACUUUUGACUUGACAAAAAUGGCACUAAGAGGAUUGGGGAUGGAUUAUUUAGGAGCGGGUAGUUGAAUGAGUUUUAAAAAGUGUGAGCUUCUGUCCUGUUUCACACUUUCAGAUUCAGAAAAGUCCAAAUAUGAACUCCUGUGCAAGGACGACAGUAGAGCGCCUAUCGAUGACUAUCAAAGGUGCCACCUGGCCAAAGUACCUGCUCAUGCUGUCGUCACCCGCAAGGACCCAGAGCUGGCUAACUCUAUCUGGCAGGCGCUCGAGUCGGUUCAGGUAAUAGAACUUUCAAUCUCUUCAAGGGUCCUGAGAUGUCAGAUCAGGGGAGAUGAUACAGCGAUUUAAUAAAUAGGGAUACAAUCAGAGUUGCAUAUGCAUGGUGGGCAAAAUCUGAUUGGUCAUCCCAGUUGACAGCCAACGAUCUUAACUCUCACCUUUAUUCCGAGUAUGGGAUGAGACUGGUUACCAAAGAAAAAGGUUUUGUAAAAAGAUGUGAUGAUAUUCCAGUAAAUACAUGUUUAUUUUAACCUUGUACUCUGUCCUGUGACUUCUGCCGUUCCUUUUAGAGCUUUUCAAACUCUAAAGAGGAUUUUUUUUUUGCAAGACUCUUUUCAUCACAGUUAUUUGGAUUGAAGACUUAAGGCUUCAUUGCUUAAACAAGCCUGAAAAUUUAAACCAUUCAUUCAAACAUGACACAGUUGCCUCACUUUAUAAUGCAGCCCUAAUGGAUUUUUAUUCUUGAUGUGUUUUUAGGGAUUUAACCUAUUCUCAUCUGAGGGCUAUUCUGGCUCCAAAAAUCUGAUGUUCAAAGACUCAACAAAGUCACUGGUUCGAGUGCCAGACAACACAGACUCCUUCCUGUACUUGGGUGCUGAAUACAUGAGCAUUAUCCGUUCCCUGAAGAAAGGUAAGUUGUAAAUAUAAGCAAACGUGUUUUUAGGCAGCAGACAGUGUCUUAUGGUUAUGUUUUACUUCAUUAAACAGAGCCGACCCAGAGCACUUCAGCUGGUGCCAUUAGAUGGUGCGCUGUGGGCCACGCCGAGACAGCUAAGUGUGACGCCUGGUCUCCAAACAGUUUGGUUGGGGACACUGCCACUGUGGAGUGCCGGAAUGCCCUCACAGUUGAAGACUGCCUGAGCAAGAUUAUGGUAGAUAUCUUUUAGAUGGAAAUAUGUGCAUGCUUGGCUAUUUGUCAAAUGGAGGCAUUAGUUUGUAAUUAUCUGACUUGUCUUGUUCACUGUGUAGCGCAACGAGGCAGAUGCGAUGGCAGUGGAUGGAGGACAGGUGUACACAGCUGGCAAGUGUGGUCUGGUUCCGGUUAUGGUGGAGCAGUAUGAUCAAGGUAUGGGACCAUAAAAAAACUCUGAAACUAUAACUUAAAAUUGAGUUUUAUAUUCUUACCUUUACCACAUGACGGAUAUUUGCAUCUGUGUUUCUCUCCAUAGAGCUGUGCGGCAGUGCUGGAGGUAAGAAACCUGCCUGUGCAAGAUUUACUUUACCUGCCAGUUUCAAAUCUAAAUCGAUUUUUUUUUCCAUCACCAAGAACCAUCAAUUUAGGUUAGACUAGUAAGUUGGCAUAAAGAUGUAAACUACAACCUUGAAGGUAUAUCAUAUGAGGUAUAGGGCAGGAUGUAAAGAAUGUCAUUUACAUGGACCAUUCAAAGAUAACACAAUAUAUUAAAGAAAUAAGAAAAGAGAAAUACAGCAAUAACAACAACAAUAAUAAUAAUAAUAAUAAUAAUAAUAAUAAUAAUAAUAAUAAUAAUAGAUAGAUGUAAAUAUGAUCACGUGUCCAAUAAGACAAGAAUUUGGUAAAAUGUUUUUGUUUUGUUAUUCUAUAAUAUUUUUAGAAAAGGAAUGGAAAUGUAGAUUAUUGUAUCUUUCUCUAAUCUCUCUUUUAAUUACUCUUGUUUAUAUUUGCUUAUGCAUCCUCAUUACUCCCUCUUUUACAGCUGCAUCCUCCUAUUAUGCCGUUGCUGUUGUCAAGAAGAAUUCAGGAGUGACAUGGGACACCCUGAACGGCAAGAGGUCCUGUCACACAGGUGUCGGCAGAACUGCUGGCUGGAACAUCCCGAUGGGUCACGUCUACAAACAAACUCAGAACUGUGACUUCAGUAAGUCUGUGAUUGUACCUCAGACUAGAUGUUGAGGAUUUUUAGGGACACUUUUGCCCCUUCUUCACUUUUGAGUGUAACACCAACACAUUGUAGUGACCACCUAUCAUCCUCUGCUCAGGUACAUUCUUCAGCAGCGGCUGUGCCCCUGGCUCAGACCCCACCUCUCCUUUCUGUAGAAACUGUGCCGGCAGCGGCAAAAGUGUGGGUGAUGAAGCGAAGUGCAAAGCCAGUGCUGAAGAGAAGUAUUAUGGCUACGCUGGAGCUUUCAGGUAAACUUAAACAGCACUGUUAUCCUCAGUUUUAAAAACUGAAAUACUAUGCAUGUAUAUGAAGAGAACAUGUUUAAGAAAAUGUUUUCCUUUUCUGAGAAUUACAAAACAAAAAUUGAUUCCACUCUCACAUCUGUGGUUUAAAUAUGGGGUUUAGCAAAAGCAAAAAGACUGGUAGCAGGGGGAAAUGACUGUCUUUAAAGCUCCACCAGCAUGAUUUAAAUUCAUUAAAAUCUUGCAAUCAAGCUUAAUAAUCAAGUGCUAAAUGCCUGCAUCCAGUCAGCAGGGGGCGCCUCUAUUGGCUGCAGAAAGAAGCUGCAAGUGUAAAAGAGGAUAUUAAGCAAUGUUUAGCAGACUCAAGAGUAAAAUACUCCCUGUUCACCCCUGCCUUUAGUUAAGUGACAGUGGCCUUAAGAGGACAUGACACCCCUGUGAUGUGUGAUUAGUACGAUCCUGCAUUGGUUAAGUUUGUACAACCAAAAACUUCUAUCAGUACAAAUUGUUUGGAGCACAACAACCACUCUCAUCUUCUUUGUCUUUCAACUCCUGCAUUUUGCGUGGCCGUUCACUAGAUAUGCGUGUAUAAUUCACGUGUAACUAGUUUGUCUUUUCUUUGCUAAGAUGGUAACAUGGCAGCACAAGAUGAUGGUCUCCAUGGAAGGGGGGCCGCUCCUUAAAAAGAUAUUAAAGGCUAAUUCUAAGAGAGACAAAAUACAAUAAUUAAUAUCUUAAGAUGAUUGUACACUGAUUAAAACAUAUGAUUAAUGUAUUUUAUUUCUGCCAACCCUUUUAGCUGAAUGCCACUAAAUACUAUACGCUAUACCUUUAAGUCUUAAUAAGCACAUAAUGAGAUUGGUUUUGUAAAUUAUGAUCCAUUUUAAAAUAAAAAAAGACAAUAACCAGUAUGGCUGACAGUAGUAGAUACUUAUCUACUGAUCUGAAGCUUCAAAGCUCAGACAAUUUCUGGCUGCUCUGAAUAUAUUAUUUCAUACAGUCUAUACUCCAGGUUCAUUACUCUACCUCUUGGAUACAAAGUAGUGUUUCUUUGUUUACGUUGCCAGAGCAUCAAGCUUAGGCUAGGAACUUGAUCUCAUACAAGUUGUGCUUCACGUAUCAUUGCAGAUGUCUUGUUGAGGGUGCUGGUGAUGUCGCAUUCAUCAAACACACAAUUGUUUCAGAAAACAGUGAUGGUAAGAGACUGACAGUGACUUUUUUUUUAUUGUAGCUGUAACAGUGUGGCUUUUUAAAAGACCAAAACCCUUUUCCCUGCCACCUCUUUCUCUCAAAGGCAAUGGUCCAGAUUGGGCUUCGGGUGUGAGUUCUGGAGAAUAUGAGCUGAUCUGCCCAGGGAGAGGCCCAGUGCCAAUCUCCGAAUAUCAGCAAUGCAAUCUUGCUAAGGUGCCUGCACACGCUGUGGUGACUCGUCCAGAGAGCCGCAGUGACGUGAUCCAAGUUCUCCAGAACCAGCAGGUAAGCAAUGCUUUUAUCAGUUAAGUUUAAUUAAGAUGUUUUUUUCCCCCCACUGGAAGUUAUUUACCUAUCUUUGUUGAAUUUUUAAAUUAAUGUUUUUUGUUGUGAUUGAAUUCAUUAGAUAAACUUAAACAUCUUCUUUUCACAUAACAUUUAGAGUUUGCAUUAAAGUGCAGUAAAAUGUGUUUUCUUUCACACUCUGAAAAUAAGAGGUUGCAGAAAUUCCUACUUCAACAAGACAUCAGCAUUGAUCGGCUCAUUAUUUCACUGUUAUUUCACUGUUCAAGUUAUUUUUGUUUUUUCGUUUUAAGCUCUCACACUAAUGUUUGUUUUCUUGAUCUCCUGAUUGACAGUCAGUAGAUCAACUUCAGAGACAAUCUCAAUACUUGCGUACUGACCUUUGAUGCUAACACUGACACCAGCAUCAAUAUAGCUAGUUUCUUUUUGAGAAAGUUGAAUUUUUAAUCUGAUCUAGUCACUGGUUCAGAUUCACUCUAUUUUGUUCAGCAAAACAGGCACAGCUGUUAUUUCAGCAUGUACAAUUAAACUGCUGCAAAAUAACUACAGGUACAGCUGUAGCAUCAACAUUUGGGAGGAAGUAAACAAGGGACUCUAGAGGUUUCUAUAUUUGCACACUGUUCACAGUAACAGGCGUCUUGCUCACUGACAAACAUAUUAAUCAUUGCUUAACUUCUGUUGAUCUUUGAUAUGGUUGUGUAGACAUGUUAUAAUGUUAACUUUCUUUUAUCUAUCUGUCUACAGGCCCAAUUUGGUAUGAGUGCCGAUGAGUUCUCAUUCAAAAUGUUCAAUUCCAACAAUGGCAAGAACCUCCUCUUCAAAGACUCCACCAAGUGUCUCCAGGAGGUUCAGGCUGGCACAACAUACGACCAGUUUUUGGGAUCAGAAUACAUGGACGCCAUGAACUCACUCAGGUCUUGUGGUACUACUGCUCCAGGUGUGUAAAACUCAGUUGUUGGUUAUAUCAAGAUUAACAGGCCAGAAAACAUUUCAUUAUUUUUUUCUGAAUUAUUUUAGCCAUGUUGUCUGUCCCCUGUAUUCAUCAACCUCCUUUUUUUCUUGCAGACCUGGAGAAAUCUUGCACUUUCCAUUCCUGUCAGCAAAAAAUUUAAACCAUGAGGCAUCUCAUCCUGCCAUUCAUGAUUUGAGCACCACUUCCCACACUCAUCAUAACGAUCAUGUUUUUUCCCCACUGACCUUGGUAUAGAUUUCUUUUUCCAAUUACAACCUGAAGAAAAAAACUGAUAUGUCUUUUGAUCAAGUAUGUUUUGUUAUACGAGGCUUUUCCCAAAUAAAACUUUAUAAUGCCAUCUUC